AUGACAUUGUCCACCACUAUAAUACCAGAAAAUUUCUCUUCGUUCGAGGCUCUAGCUGAAACUGCAGCACACAUAGCGAUCCACAAUUUCAGAUGGCAAUACCAAUCUCUCAUUCUGUUUAAUACGACUCUAAUCUGUGGAGUUAAUGCUUUUAUUGGAUCAUACAACAAAUCUGUAAUCAUCGGCCAAAGUACUUUCAAUCCUUGGUUCAUCGAAAAUACGAAACAAUUUGUGCUAUUCCUGGAUAAUAUUGACGCCCUUAUUAUUAUGCUGGAAUGGUUGAAAAGUCAACGAUUUAAUAAUACUGGAAAAUAUUUGGUCAUAUGUAACUCGGCCGAAGUGUACAAUUGCGAUGAAAAUCGAGCUGUAAGUUUAUUUUGGCAAUAUCAAAUAGCAAAUAUCAUUUUCAUGAAACAUAAGUCCCAGCAAGCGUACGGCUUUACUUAUUUUCAAGACGUUAGUUGUCUCAACAGUCCUCCGAUAAUACUGAAUAAAUGGGAUACCUGUUUUCAAAACAGAAAUGAGGAGAGUUGUUCAGAUAUAUUUCCACUUAAAUUUACAAAUUUACAUAAAUGUCCAUUGAUAGUUUCAACAUUUGAACAAGAACCGUACAUGACUAUUAAAAAUGGGAUACCAGGCGGCGCAGACGGCGAUUUGCUCCGUGUUAUCAUCAAGGCUCUAAACGCAAACCUCAUUGUUAUGACACCACGGAUAGGUACUGGUUGGGGGAAAUUAGAAGAAAACGGGACAUGGAGUGGCUCCCUGGCGGAUAUUUACAAUGAUUGGGCCAACUUUUCUAUGACUUCUGCCAGUUUAACUCUUCGGAGAUACAUGCAUUUUCAAAUAUCUACUAGCUACAAUAGUAUUACCCUUGCCUGGGUGACUCAUCCGUCGACCUUGGAACCGGCGUCGUUGAAGCUAAUGAGACCGUAUAAUGCUCAAGCAAGGAGAGGUUUACUCUUCCUCUUACUCCUUGUAUGUAUAAUAGCUAUGAUCUUUAAAAUCCUGAAGGUAAAAUUGAAUAUGCCCGAUAUUCCUGACAAUAUACUUUUCCAUUCUUGGGAAAUAUGUAUGGGAUUACCGGCGACUAGAUUGCCCACAAAGUGGGUUUUAUCAGGCUGUACUAUACUUUGGAUGUUGUAUUGUUAUUUAAUAAGGACACUUUACCAAGUUUAUCUCAUUAACUGUUUGCAAACAGACUUUCGCCUCCAGGAUUUAGAAACAAUAGAAGAUGCAAUCGAUGCCGGAUAUCACUUCGGAGGGGGUCUAGCUCUUAAAGAUCUUUUCAUUGAAUAUCCUCUCAUUUAUGAUAAUUGGGAAAAUGUAGAAAGUAGCAAUAUUCAGUCUACUCUGUUGAAAUUAUCAAAUGGAUUGAAAUUUGUUUUAGCGAUGGAUUAUGAAACAGCCAGAAUGUUUUUAAGGAAACCAAACAGAAAGUUGUAUAUAUUGCCGCAUAAAAUUGUCAACGGCCCAGCUGUUAUAUUUUUUAAGAAAUAUUCCUGGUUGGCACAGUCGAUCGACGCCAUACUAACACGUUUAAUUGAAUCCGGAUUGUGUGAUAAAAUUUAUAAAGAUAACACUUUUAUAAAAAUAAUUGAUGACAGUGAUGCUGCAAAAGUUAUUAAUAUUGACGCAUUUAAGGGCUGCUACUUAAUUCUUUUGUGUGGUUGGAUUAUGGCCUCCGUAGCAUUGGUAAUAGAAAAGUAUAUUUAUUCAAGAAAAAAAGUUAUUCCAAAGUCUAUUAAUGCAAAUCCAUAAACUUUAUCAUGAAAUUUACAAAUUAUUUUUUGGGUUAUCAAAAUAAAACUAUACGGUCUUAUUUUGUAGUAGUUACAUCAGGAAAAUGUUUGAAGUAAUUAUUUCAGCAGAUUAUAGGCCAAGUUAUUUAAAAUGCAUCAUUUUAUCAAUUAAAAUUACAGUUUCCUUUAUUUGUAAUUGAUAAAAUAAUAUGAUAAAAGAAUAUGAUACCUAGAUCAAAAUAAUAAUGGUCUCUAGAAAUUUCGGCAAUUCGUUGCUUUCGACUCUACCCUCUAUGGCUACGGCCUGCAACUUGCGACAAAAUGUCUGGUGCCUACGCAAGUGGUUGAUUCCUAUUAUGUAUUAGUAUGACGAACAAUAUUUUUUAAAUGAGUAC